CCCCACCACACCACCCCACCACACCACCCCACCAUACAUAUUCCGGAGGUGUCAUCGCAUCUGUCAUUUUUCAAUCUACCACCGCGCGCCGCUGCAACGAUGUUUGACGACAGCGACUCAGAUUCCGAGCCCAUUCCGCUUCUUCCGGACGAGCCGGAGGACUUCCUCCCCCCGCCGCCGUCGGCCACCACAACAACGUACUCUCUCACCACCGCCCCGCACGAGUCCCUGACGCUGCGACUAGUCGGCCACAACCCACUGUGGGGCCACCACCUAUGGAAUGCCGGACGCGUCACCUCCGAGUACCUCGAAACCCACGCCGCGCGCUUGGUCGCCGGCAAGACCGUUCUCGAACUUGGUGCCGGCGCGGGCCUGCCGGCGCUUACCUGUGCUCUACGGGGUGCUGCGAAGGUAGUAGUGACCGACUACCCCGACGCCCCUCUUAUCGACAAUCUCCGUAUCAACAUCUCCGCGCUCCCCUCUUCCUACGACGGCACCGGCAACGGCAACAUCGUCGCGGAACCGUACCUCUGGGGGAACCCGCUCCCGGAGAUAUUGGCACACCUGCCGCCACCGGCGGAAGCGUUCGAUCUGGUCAUCCUGUCGGACUUGCUGUUCAAUCACUCGGAGCACCAGAAGCUGCUCAAGACGGUGCUGCUUACGCUGAAGAAGACGGCGCGGGUGAGGGCGCUGGUGUUUUUUACGCCGCAUAGACCGUGGUUGCUCGAGAAGGACUUGGAGUUUUUGAAGAUUGCUGAGGAGGCGGGAUUAGUGGUCGAGAAGACGGUCGAGAGGCUGCUGGACAAUCCUAUGUUUGAGGAGGAUAUGGGGGACCGAGAUUUGAGGAGAACGGUUUUUGGUUAUGAGAUUUCUUGGAAGGAUUUGGGGAGCAGCUGAGAAUAGGAUAUAUCUUGCAUGUGGACCCAUCUACCUAGAUCAUGGCAAUAUAUACAAACGCCGUUUCCACGUCCA